AUGUCGUCGUUACCAUCUUUACGACGAAAGGCGGAGACUACUCAUCGCGUUACGUCACGACGUGAAGGAAAAAAUCAAUCCGUUUCUUGCUUAUCUGUUCACGUGAAUACGAAUACUGUCGAUGGAAAAGCAUCAAACAAGAAGCAACAAAACGAAGACGAGGAAAAGAAGACGAGAAAAACGGAACACGGGGAGGCGACUUUUUUGACGCACUUAGUCGCCGGUUUUUGUGGCGGCGCGUUAUCGAGAACCGUCACGUCGCCGUUAAAUGUUGUUCAGGUGAGGAAAAUGACGAACCAGCUCACUGGUUCGAGUAAACUGGUCCCUUCGCUGGUAAAAAUCGCCAGGACUGAAGGCGUGAAAACGCUGUUUGCCGGAAACGCGACGAUGGUUCUACGAUACGGACCGAGUAAAGGUCUGAAUUUUGCGACGUUUCAUUUCUUUAACUCGAAUUUACACGCGAUUUUGGAGAAGCGGAGGGAGAAGAGAAGAACGGCUGAAGCGUCGUCGAAGAGUAGUAGUAAGAAUAGAAGAAGGACAGCGAGAAAAAGCGUAGAAGUUUUAGAACAACCAGAGAAGAAAAAAGACCAGAUUUCGAUUAAAAUGCUCGCCGGAGCGUUGUGUGGAGUGAGCGCGUGUUUGUUGUUGUAUCCUCUCGACGCGUACGCGACGAGGAAAGCCGCCGGGAAGAUUGCGGAAAAUUUUACCGGGCCGUUUUCUGUCCCGUUGGGAGUGCAUCACGUGGUGAAGAAAGAAGGCUAUGGUGGUUUAAUGCGAGGCUUGACGCCGGCGUUGUUGGCGAUUGCGCCGGAAGCAGCGUUGACGUUUGGGACGUACGAUAUCAUCGCCGAAUGGUACAAGGACACCUUUGACAAAGAGUAUUGCGAGCCGCACGUUUCGAUGUGCGUCGGCGCGAUUUCCGCGACUACCGGGCAACUGGCGGCGUUUCCGAUGGAGUUGAUCGCGAGAAAAGCGGCGACCAAUAGGUUUGCAUUAUCUUUCCACGACACGUUUCGGUUGAUGGCGAUGAAUAGAGGUAUUGGGAGUUUGUAUAAAGGCGCAAAGGUCGCGGCAACGAGGUGCUUGCCGAUGAGCGCGGUUUCCUUCGCGACGUACGAGAUUGUGAAGCAUUUGAUAUUAUCGAGCGAUAACGCGAUCGUCGAGAAAGUGUUUAAAACCCCACAAGUUGUAUAA